AUGAAAUUUUGGCAAAGUAUAGAAGAAAUAUAUCCUGAAUUAAGUGUAUUUGCACAACGACUUUUUGCAAUAAUACCUAAUGCUGCAGUAUCUGAAAGAAUUUGGUCAGUAUUAUCUAAUAUUCAUACAGCAAAACGAAAUCGACUAACGGCUGAAAGAUCUGGUAAAUUAGCAAAAAUUUCAUGGCAUUUGAAACAAGAACGUUUAAAACAAGAACAAAAUGAAAAAAUAAUAGAAUUUCAAGAAAUUAUUGUACAAGAGAGAAUUGAAUUGGAUGAAUAUAAUUUUUCUGAUGAUAUAGAAUUGAAUGAUAUAGCUGAAGAAAUUUUAAAAGAAACAAAUGAUUUAUUAGGUAAAGUACAAGAUGUAGAUAAUGAUAAUGAAGAAUUUAUUGAUAUUUUGACAAUUAGUGAAAUUUUUAAUGUUAAAAAAUUUGAGGAAUCUGGUCGUAAUAUUAAUCUUUUAUAA